CAACAUGUCCAAUGCCUUGGCCAAUGCCGAAUGCCAGCGCUGCCAGGCUCGCUUCACCCCUGCUGAACGCAUCAUUAACAGCAAUGGAGAGCUAUAUCACGAGCACUGCUUUGUGUGUGCCCAGUGCUUCCGGCCAUUCCCCGAAGGACUCUUCUAUGAGUUUGAAGGCCGAAAGUACUGUGAACAUGACUUCCAAAUGCUGUUUGCUCCAUGCUGCGGAUCCUGUGGUGAGUUCAUCAUCGGCCGUGUCAUCAAGGCCAUGAACAACAACUGGCACCCAGGGUGCUUCCGCUGUGAGCUGUGUGAUGCGGAGCUGGCUGACCUGGGCUUCGUGAAGAAUGCAGGCAGACACCUGUGUCGACCCUGCCACAACCGCGAAAAGGCCAAGGGCCUGGGCAAGUAUAUCUGUCAGCGGUGCCACCAGGUCAUGGAUGAACAGCCUCUCAUGUUCAAGAAUGAUGCCUACCACCCUGACCACUUCAACUGCACCAACUGCGGGAAGGAGCUGACUGCUGAGGCCCGGGAGCUGAAGGGUGAGCUCUACUGUCUGCCCUGCCAUGACAAGAUGGGUGUCCCCAUCUGUGGGGCCUGCCGUCGGCCAAUUGAAGGUCGGGUGGUCAAUGCACUGGGCAAGCAGUGGCACGUGGAGCACUUCGUCUGUGCCAAGUGUGAGAAGCCAUUUCUGGGACACCGACACUAUGAGAAGAAGGGCCUGGCUUACUGCGAGACUCAUUACAACCAGCUCUUCGGGGACGUCUGCUACAACUGCAGCCAUGUGAUUGAGGGGGACGUGGUGUCUGCUCUCAACAAGGCCUGGUGUGUGAACUGCUUCUCCUGCUCCACCUGCAACAGCAAGCUCACCCUGAAGAACAAGUUUGUGGAGUUCGACAUGAAGCCUGUGUGUAAGAAGUGUUAUGAGAAGUUUCCACUGGAGCUGAAGAAGCGGCUGAAGAAACUAUCAGAAUUGACUUCUCGCAAGGCGCAGCCCAAGUCUGUGGGCCACAACUCCACCUGAGAGGUCCCCUGCUAUUUUCCUUUCUCUUCCUGCUGCCUGUCUCCCACCUCUGCUGACUUUUGGGCACCGUAUCCACACCUGUUUUGCCUCCCUGGAGCCCUGCCUUCAUCCCCUCUUCCUC